UCUGGACCAAUCAUGUGAGCUCCAGGUCCAAACGUAGGGCUCCGCUCCGCUCAGACUAUAAAUACCUCCUCCUGCUCGCUCUGACUAAUACACUGAAACGACACGCGAAGAGGAGACACUACCCUCACGGAAAAAUAAACACAGAAGAGACCUACAAGUAAGAAAUGGCUCGUACCAAGCAAACCGCUCGUAAAUCCACCGGAGGAAAGGCGCCGAGGAAGCAGCUGGCCACUAAAGCUGCCAGGAAAAGCGCGCCAUCCACUGGCGGAGUGAAGAAGCCUCACAGAUACAGGCCCGGUACUGUUGCUCUGCGUGAGAUUCGUCGGUACCAAAAAUCCACCGAGCUGCUCAUCAGGAAGCUGCCUUUCCAGCGUCUUGUCAGGGAAAUCGCUCAGGAUUUCAAGACUGAUCUGCGUUUCCAGAGUGCAGCGAUUGGCGCUCUCCAGGAAGCCAGUGAAGCAUACUUGGUUGGAUUGUUUGAGGACACUAACCUGUGCGCUAUUCAUGCAAAGAGGGUCACCAUCAUGCCCAAGGACAUUCAGCUGGCCAGGCGAAUUAGAGGGGAGCGUGCAUAAAAGCUCCACUGGGCUCUAUCUUUUUAGUGGGGGUGGGUGGGGGGAGUUGAUGGGGAUUUUUGUUUUGUAAAUCUUGAACUAUUACCAGCAUGUGUGCCACAUGGUUUGUCAUUUGUAGUUUAGGCAUGUUUUUAUACAUUUUUCUUUAAUUAACUUUCUCUCAACUGUCCUGUUCACUGUAGAAUAGAGCCUCAUAUCUGUAUAAAUAUUCCACUUCCUUUCUCAGGUUUGCAAAUAUAUUUUAGGAUACCUGUUUGAUCCUGUGUGUGCAUGUCAUAGGAUUUCUUGUGCUGUAAAUAAACUUUCCGCUACCUCAAA